AUGUUCAAAAAGGUACCGAGGACUUUAGCCCGAAGUAUUCUGGUUUUAACUACUGGUGUAAUAACAUAUAAAUACCACUCUUUGAUCGGCACGAUAGUUUAUUGUGAAGGAAUUAGUAUGCAGCCGACUGUUAACGAUGGGGAUUAUUUGAUUGUAGAAAGAUUAUCAAUUAUUUCAGGACGCAUUAAAAGGGGCGAUGUUGUAAUUGCUGGACAGCCGCGGAAGUAUAAUACUUCACAUGUUUUGAAGCGAAUUAAAGGACUGGAGGACGAUCAAAUUACAUUCUGGGACACAAGUCGGUGGGAAUUCAUUGCGAAACAGGUACCUGUGGGUCAUGUCUGGUUAGAAGGUGAUAAUACUUCACGUUCAUUGGAUUCUCGGUCUUAUGGACCUGUACCUAUAUCUCACUUGGAAUACAAAGUACUACUCCGUGUAUGGCCAUUGAAACAGUUUGGACGUCUUAAGACACCCAGUCCUAUCAGUUGUACAACUGGUCAGCCAGAUGAUGCUGAGAUUGUACAACUUAGUUUAAGGCGAAAUGGCAGUGAUUGA